AUGGUAGAUUUAUGUGAAAUCUGCCAGACUGCUGAAUUCAAAUAUAAAUGUCCCAAAUGUUUUAAGAAGACGUGUUCACUGCCGUGCAUCAAGGAACACAAGAGUCAAGAUAAUUGUUCAGGUAAAUCCCAUGAUCCUACUAAAUAUGUUGAUAGAGGUACGUUAAAGGGUGCUGAUGAUGAAAAGCAUGAAAAUAAUUUCCUUGUACAGCGGGAUUACCAGUUUUUAACCAAAUUGAGAAGAUCUCUAGAAGUUGAAAUGAAAGAUGGUCGGCUAAAUAACAAAAGGGUAUUACAAUCAUACGGUAAUAAUUCGAAUGCCAAGAGACCCCGUUAUGAUCAAGAAUGCCAAAGAAUUAUUCGAAGAGGUGUAAAUUGUAUUCUCCUUCCAAAGGGAAUGCAGAGAUCUCAAAUGAACAAGAGUAAAUGGGACAAACCUUUGGAUUUAUUCGUUUGGAGUAUGGAAUGGAUUUUAUACCCCAGAAAACAGGCUUCUUCUACACAAGAGGAGCCUUUCAGCCAUAUAAGUCACAGAAUCAAAGAGACGGAUACACUGGUAGAAGGCAUGGGAAAGAUAAUUUACGAUAAAUGUUGUGAAUUCUACCACUUGAUAAAAGAAGAUGAACCAGCCCCAGAGACAAAGCCAGAGAGGACUCAAUGUUUGGUCAAAGGUGGACUCAAGUUCUACACCAAAUGGUUUCCUUACAAUACGAUACGAAUUACAGAUUCCAAACAACUAGUGGAAUUGGAUCCUUGCCAAAAAUCCAUCGCUGAAUUAUUUAAAAACAGAACUGUCAUAGAAUUCCCUACGAUUUACGUAGUGGCUAAUGAAUCAGAACUACCUGAAGGAUACAGUAUUGUAGACGAGCAAGCUAUGCAAGAGGCUCAGAAAAGCAGUGAUAGUGACAGCGAUAGUGACAGUGACAGUGACAGUAGUGAUAGCGAUGAAAGUGAAAGUGACAGUGAUGCAGAACCCCAGGAGGAAUCCUCCAAAGCACAAGCUUCUACAUCUGGAUCCGCAGUUGCGCGCCAAGAGAGCGAUGACGAGAGUGAUGGCUACGAUCCCGGUGUUACACUCGAUUUCUUAGCGGGUUGA